UGUCCAUGUGAGAGUGAAUCUAUGAAUGUGUGUGCCUGUGUGUGCCCAUAGAGGUGAUGGUGCCCGGGCUCUCUGCUCCAGCAGGUCUGAAGGUGGCUAUCGUGGUGAGCCGAGGAUGAAGAAGGUGUCAAGGAAGAGCCAGAAUGAGAAGUACCGGCUGAAGUACAGCCGGCUGCGCCGGGCAGCCAAGGCCAUGGUGUUCGAGAAUGCAGCACUGUGCGAUGAGAUUGCCCGGCUGGAGGAGAAAUUCCUGCGGGCGAGAGAGGAGCGUCGAUUCCUCUUCACCAAGCUGCUGCAGCUGCAGGCACUGUCAGCCGAGGAGGAGAGCCCGGCGGUGCCAUUGGGGGGCAUCUCAGCAGGGUACGGCGUGGCACCGACACCUGGCCCAGAUGAGCCAGCGCCUGCGGGGAAGCGGCCCAAGAAGGGCAAGGAGAACGGGCGUGCGGCCAAGCGGCGGGCAGCACCAGACAGGGGGGUGCGGCGGCUAGUGCAGCCAGUGCCGCUGGACCCCUCGGGUCGGCCUGUUUUCCCCAUCGCGCUGGGUGGGCUGACGGUCUACAGCCUGGGUGAGAUCGUGGCCGACCGGGCAGGCUUCCACGAUGAGGGAGCCAUCUACCCAGUGGGUUUCUGCAGCACACGGGUCUACGCCAGCAUGCGGCGCCCUGACCAGCGCUGCCUCUACACCUGCCAGAUCAAAGAUGGCGGAGUGGGUCCCCGCUUUGAGAUCGUGCCUGAGGAUGAGCCGGGCAGUGCCCUGGCGGGCACCACGGCUGACACCUGCCACGCCCAGCUCCUGGCGGCCAUCAGUGCUGCCCGGGGGCGGCCCUACCCUGAGCUGGAGGCAGCCGGGGCUGAUUUCUUCGGCUUCUCGCACCCGGCCGUGCACAACCUGAUCCAGAGCUGCCCCGGGGCCCGCAAGUGCGGGGCCUACCGCUGGGUGCGCUUCGAGGUGUGUCGUCCCGGGGAUGGGCAGGUGCCCCAGGGGCUGCCCGACAACUGCGCCGCCACCGACUUCCAGUCCUUCCGCCGCCGCGCCCAAGAGGAGGAGGAGCGGGACCGUGGAGGGGGCGGAGCUGGGGGGCGUGCACUGGGGCUGACCCCUGCCCAGGCCUUCACUUCCCCCUGCUCCUAUGAGGAGGUGUUCCUGAGCCGCCCUCUCGAGUCCCCCGGUCAUGGCAGCCCCGAUGGUUCUGAUGACUGAGACCCCUCUCCCCCUCAACCCUGGUGUGGCCUCCAUGGAGCCACCCCCCCCCCCCCCCGCCCGGUACGGCCUGCACAGCUCUUCCCAUGAAGCGCUCCCCCAUCCCAGCCUAUACAGAGUUCCCAGCUCAGCAUGGCCCCCACAGCUCCUGCCACUGAGCCCCC